AGACAUGAUUUGGCGACCAGCCAUGCUGGCUUCAGGAUCAAUGCUCAGAAAGAACUGCAGUUUCGUUGAAGCUCUUUGAAACGUUUUGUCCAUUUGUUCGAAACAUGUUUGUUCCUUGAGAUGAUUGAGGCUCUGGCUCACGGUCCAUGUGCACAAUGCCGGACGUCCUGACAAGUCCUCCACGCUGUCAACGUUUACACUGUCUUGUAGCGUCCUUGCUCCUAGUAGCGAUGCCCUUUGCUCCUAGUAGCAAGAAUGCUCCUAGUAGUAAGGCCAGGAGCCCCUAGUAGCGUCCUGUCUUGAAUAAUAGAGUCUCCAAGAAUUGUCCUUGCAAAAGGAGUUUCCCAUGGGAAUUGCAAUCAAAAGGUUGAUCCUGACAAAACAGCAGUUUGCAACAAUGCCUCGAUAUCCGAGUCCUUCACGUCCGGCGGUUCAGCUUGUGUCUGAGGAAACUGCUCCGUGUCAGUAAAGAAACGAUGCUAGUAAUUACAAGUGCCUCGCUAGUAGUAACAAGUGCCUUACUAGUAGUAACAAGAGCUAUUAGAAUUGAAGUGAAAUUAAAAGCUUCUUGUUACUACUGGUAAGGAAAUCGACCCUCUGAGGCUCUGAGGCAGGCGGGAUGAAAAACUGGGCGGAUGAACUUGUGGCUGACUCACAGGAGACGAUGUUCCGAAAAGCUGACAUUCUGACAAAUGACAUUCAUUGUCCAAAGAAAUCUCACCAUCUUCUAGAUCAAUAGGUUCAUCAGCUUUAACCAGUCUUUGUCUUCUUGUCUCUCCACUUGGCUCUCAAACCUCGAUGCUCUUCUUCUGAGCCCACGGCAUUCUACCCGCGUCCGCAAAGUGAAGUUAAAACAAAGACAUUGUCAAGGUUAAUUGUGAUGACAUGUCAGGAUUGCACAUGACAAGAGAUUUUUGUUAAAUUUUGCUGAAGCCAACAUUUUCUCGAUCAUGAAAUAACAACACUAUCACUAGUGACCGCUACAAUAAUUGAAUACAAUUGACAAUCUGCAAUAUUUACUGUAUGGCCAAAUUGCAGCCACUGGCUUGGUUCAAAUCUGCUGUGAAGUGUGGUUGUAUGUACAUUUAGUGCCAUGUACCUGAAGACCGUGUUGCAGACACUGGGCACCAAGAAGCAGUUGGAGGCUGAAGAUCUCUACAAAUUGAAUGAGGCCACCUUCAAUGUACCGGAGGAGGAAAGCAUCGACGAAAAGAUGGCUACCAAGCUUUUCGCAGCAGUAGAGAAAACAGUGGCCGCAUACACAGCUGGCAGGUAUGAUAAGGAGGAUUCCAACUUCUUCUACGACUACGUUGCCCUGUUGGGCACGAUGCAGAAUCAGCACUUCUUCACCGGAAAGCAGCACCAAAUGAUGAUCUCAUGGCUCAAGGAUGCUUUGGGUGGUGAUGGAGAGAAGCAAAAGGGCAACUCCAAGGUGGUCGCGAGGCUGGAAGAGGAGCAUCGGAAGCUCCAGGAGGAAAUGAACAAACUCAAAGACUUGUCAAGUGCCGUUCAAACUCUCAGGAGUAUACGACUGCCUGAGGCACAAGAAGGAAAGGGAAAAAAAUCUGGCAAGGGAGAAGGGAAGAAAGACAGAAAGGAGGAAGGUACCGAUGAUCCUGCCCGAAAAGAGCUGAAGGCACAAGUGAAUGCUGCUGGACGGGUUUGCAACCCGGUGCAGACAUGUUUCAACUGGACGGCAAUACCGGCUGCAUGACUUGGUGCUCACUGAGGCCUUAGCUAAAAAGAAGCGUGAGGUCAUUGACAAGUACGGUGUGGAAGCGCAGCCCAGUUGUUGCCAACUGGGCAUAGAAAACUGGUUGGUUGUCUCUCGAAAACAGCACCUGAGGCCAGUGAGGCCUUGGACCACGAAGAGGUCAAUCCCUAUUUGCAGCGCCUUAAGGAGCUCAAAGAGCGCUACAAUGCGAUGAAGAAGCCGGAGGACACUUCACAACCUGAAGGUGCUUAGCCCACUUCAGGAUCAUUGCUUUGAUGUGGGCAGGAAGCCGGUGCUGGCAAGCCAGCCAGCCACAGAUGGGUUGGUUGAUGUUCUGAGCCCAAAAUUUACAUACGAGCAUUGAGGUGCAAGAUGGGCUGGUAUAGCAC